AUGGAGGCUGGAGGCGCAGGAAAUGGUUCGAAUGGGGCGGCGCAGACAAAGGGGAGUGGGGGUGAUGGCUCCGCCAAGCCGCUGCCCCCUUGCUGUGUCAAGGCGAGAGCUGCGGCGCCCGAGUCCGAGGCCAAGUGCCAUGCCACCGUGGUUUCGGGAUGGUUCACCGAGCCACGAUCACACUGCGGUAAAGCCAUCAAGGUUCAAUAUUACAAUAACCCAAUGUGGCCAGGAGAGGCCCAUUCCUUGAAAGUGGAGAAGAUAUUGUACCAGGGGAAAUCACCAUACCAGGAAGUCCUGGUCUUUGAGUCAUCAACGUAUGGGAAAGUCCUUGUGCUUGAUGGUAUUGUUCAAUUGACUGAUAAGGAUGAAUGUGCAUACCAGGAAAUGAUUACUCACCUCCCACUUUGUUCAAUUCCAUCCCCUAAAAAGGUUUUGGUUAUUGGUGGUGGUGAUGGAGGUGUACUUCGAGAGAUUUCCAGACAUAAUUCAGUGGAGUCUAUUGACAUAUGUGAAAUUGAUCAGCUGGUUAUUGAUAUUUGCAAAGAUUUCUUCCCACAUUUGUCUGUUGGAUUUGAAGAUCCUCGCGUUCAACUUCAUGUUGGUGACGCUGUGGAGUUCUUGAGAAAUGCUCCUGAGGGGACAUAUGAUGCUAUCAUUGUUGAUUCAUCAGACCCAAUAGGGCCUGCUCAGGAACUUGUUGAGAAGCCUUUUUUUGAGACCAUUGCUAGAGCUUUGAGGCCUGGUGGUGUUCUUUGUAACCAAGCUGAGAGUAUGUGGUUGCAUACACAUUUGAUUCAGGACAUGCUUUCAAUUUGCCGUGAGACUUUCAAGGGUUCUGUCCGCUAUGCAUGGACUAGUGUCCCAACAUACCCAAGUGGGGUGAUUGGGUUUCUGCUAUGUGCCAAAGAAGGUCCACCGGUGAACUUUCUGACUCCUAUAAAUCCAAUUGAAGAAGUGGAAGGAGCUACUAAAGCAGGAAGGGAGAUCAGAUUUUAUAAUUCAGAGAUGCAUAGGGCAGCGUUUGUUCUUCCGACCUUUGCCAAGAGAGAGCUAGAAGCAUACUGUGCUUCCACGGAAACAGAGCAGGCAGAGGAAGUAGCGGCAGCUCCCCCAAAGCAAACUGUGGUGCCAAAUAGUGGAAUUCUCACCGCAUCCUAG